CCUUGCCAACCGCCGGACCGCGUCCCGCGCCUGCAACCCCGCGCGGCGCCGCCGACGCCGCGCUGCACGCCACGCCAAAAAUGGACGAAACCAUCGAAGUCACAUUCGCGGCGAGCCCGUCCAAGGAGCUCGCCGUGGCCCCAGCCGCCGCCGCCGAAAGUUCGAGCCUGUCGCUCAAGUUCACGGCGAGCCCGACGAAGGAGUACGUCGUGAGCGCCGCGACGGAGCCGUCCGCGGCGGCGCCGCACCCGGCCGGGCCGCCGCCGCCGCCGGUGCCGCUCGCGGCCGCCUCGCCGGCCGCGCCGGCCGUCGAGGAGACGGGCCGCGGCAAGCGGCAGAAGAAGUGCCGCACGGCCGUCGUCGACGGCGAGACCGUCCUGCUGGAGAACAUGUACGACGUGACGGCGAGCCACUACGUCUUCAGCAAGCCCGAUCCCCCGAAGCCCAAGAAGGCCAAGCCCGCGCCGAGCGCGGCCCCCAAGCCCGCGGCGCCGCGGAAGGCGCCCGCCUUCGAGACGCGGCGCAUGGCCCAGAACGCCGCGAUGCGCGUCGAGAUGGAGGGCCACGCCGCGCGGCGCGCGGCGUUCUACGCGUCGCAGCGCGACCACGUCGCGCCCUUCACGAACGCCGCGACGCUGCAGAGCCUCGCGGCGCGGGCCCGGGGCGUCGACCUCGGGCCGCGCCGGCCCAGCGUCGUCGUCCAGCCCGAGGAGAUCACGGCGGAGCUGCGCGACUACCAGCUGGCGUCGCUGGACUGGUUCGCGGACUGCUACGAGCGCUGCGGCGCGCUGCCCUGCAUCCUCGGCGACGAGAUGGGUUUAGGCAAGACGCUGCAGACCAUCGCCUACCUCGCGUGGCUCAAGUUCGAGAAGAAGCUCGACGGCGCGGCGCUCGUGCUCUGCCCGCUGUCGGUGCUGUCGACGUGGAUGGCCGAGUGCGCGCGGUGGUGCCCGGGCCUCCGCGUCAUGAAGCUCCACUCGUCAGACCCGGGCGAGCGCGAGCGCCUCCGGAGGAAGAUUUUGGAGGGCGUCGGCACCUACGACGUCGUCGUGACGACGUACGAGAUGGCCAAGGCGCCGAGCCUGCGGUCCGCGCUCGUGCAGAAGGUCACCUGGCGCUGCCUCGUGCUCGACGAGGGCCACGUGAUCAAGAACCACGAGACGGAGAUCGCGCGGACCGUGCGGAAGAUGCACUUCGUCACCGCGCUGCUCCUCACGGGCACGCCGCUCCAGAACAAUUUGGUCGAGCUCUGGGCGCUGCUCAACUUCCUCCACCCGGCCGCGUUCCCGGACGUCGAGCCCUUCGCGAAGGCUUAUGAUUUGGGCCGGGGCGUCGUCGACCGCGACAUGCUCGUCAAGGCGCAGGUCGUCCUGGGGCAGCUCAUGCUCCGGCGGUUGAAGGUCGACGUCGAGACGGGCCUGCCGCCGAAGCUCGAGACCGUCGUCCAGUGCCCGCUGGCGCCGCAGCAGGUCUUCUGGUACCGGAGCUUGCUGCUCAAGGAGAACGCGGCGCUGCGCAAGGUCGAGGGCGGCGGCGACGCGGCCGGCGCGCCCAAGGGCACGUACAAGUCGCUGCUGAACCUGUUGAUGCAGCUCCGGAAGACGUGCUGCCACCCCUUCCUCUUCCCCGACGCCGAGGGCGACCCGGACGAGACGACGCUCGAAGAGCUCGUCGCCGCGUCGGGCAAGCUCCGCGUGCUCGACCGCCUCCUCCUGAAGCUCCACCGGAACGGCCACCGCGUCGUCGUCUUCUCCCAGUUCUCGUCCAUGGUCGACAUUCUGGACGACUACUGCCGCCUCCGGGGCUGGUCCUUCUGCCGCCUCACGGGCGCGACGAACCGCGUGCGCCGCGUCGUCAACGUGCGCGCGUUCAACGAGCCGUCGAGCCCGCUCUUCAUCUUCCUCAUGACGACGCGCGCGGGCGGCCUGGGCAUCAACCUGCAGUCCGCGGACACGUGCGUGCUCUACGACUCGGACUGGAACCCGCAGGCGGACCUCCAGGCCAUGGCGCGCGUGCACCGCCUGGGCCAGACGAAGACGGUCCACAUCUACCGGCUCUGCGCCGCGGGCACGGCCGAGGAGCGCGUGCUCCAGCGGUCGCAGAAGAAGCUCUACCUGUCCCACGUCGUCAACCGCAACGGCGGCGGCGAGGAGGGCGACGACGACAUGGACAAGCUGAGCGGCGGCGAGGUGCUGUCCAUGGUCAAGUUCGGCGCG